GACACGCGUAUAUAGGUGUGGGAGGUCGUGGGGUGUGGUAAUAGAGGGGAGAACUGAGAACAGGGUUGAGCAUCUGUGGCGCAAGAGUGAGAGAGAACCUGCGCGGAGGCUGUCACUUCGUUCAUGUAAACAAAACAGGGACACCCGCAGGACAUGGAGCCCCUGGAGCUGGUGCCUGGCCGCUACAUCGGGGAAGGACAGCCUUGCUUCGUCAUCGCAGAGAUCGGACAGAACCACCAGGGGGACAUUGACAUCGCCAAGACACUCAUACGCAGAGCUAAGGAAUGCGGCGCCGACUGCGUGAAGCUGCAGAUGUCCUCUCUGUCGCACAAGUUUAACAGGGAGGCCCUCAGCCGCCCCUACGACUCCGAGCACUCCUGGGGCGAGACUUACGGCGACCACAAGAAGCACCUCGAGUUCUCAGUGACACAGUUUCAGGAGCUUCAAGAAUACGCGAACGAGAUAGACAUGCCUCUCACCGCCUCGGCCAUGGAUAUUCCUUCCAUCCACACCCUCUGCGCCCUCAACGUGCCCUUCAUCAAGGUGGGCUCAGGGGACGUGCACAACAUGCCUCUCCUCCGCACGGCGUCCACCUCCAAUAGACCCGUCGUCGUCUCCACAGGUAUGUCAGAUAUUGGCUGGGUGUCGCAGGUGUACGAGGCCCUCACCAACCCCCCCGUACCCCUGGUCAUCCUGCAGUGCACCUCCGCCUACCCCACGCCCCCAGACCAGGUGCACCUCCGCGUCAUCGACACCUACGCCCAAAUGUUCCCUCACGCCCACAUCGGCUACUCUGGCCACGAGCUGGGCAUUCACAUCACCAUCGCCGCCGUCGCCAGGGGGGCUAGGGUCGUGGAGCGCCACCUCACGCUCAACAAGACGUGGAAGGGCAGCGACCACGCGUGUUCCCUGGAGCCCCACGACCUGAGGGAGCUGGUGACGGCCAUCAGGUGCGUGGAGGCGGCGCUCGGCAGCCCCCUCAAGGCCUUCCAGCCCAGCGAGGACCCCUGCCACAGCAAGCUCGGGAAGACACUGGUAGCGGCAAAGCCCAUCAAGGCAGGACAGAAGCUGCAGGAGGACGAUCUAGUGGCCAAAGUAGCGGAGCCUAGGGGAAUCGCGGCCUACAGGUUGGAGUCCCUCGUGGGCGGCUACUUGAACAGAGACGUGGAGCAAGACGAGAGUGUGAUGGAGGCUGAUGUGUUGUGAGGCAGCGGCGCGCGUGUGUGUGUUGGGGGUACAAAAGUGUUGUUUCAUGGCCUUGUAACUUUAGUGUGAGUGCGUGAGUGUUGUUGUCGUUUCUGUUUGUGUGUUUGGGUUUGUGUGUGUGUGUGUGUGUGUGUGUGUGUAAGUGUGUAUGUGUGUUUCUAUUGUUUACUGACUAUUACUGCUUCUAUUUCUAUUACAACUUCUACUACUUCUACUACUACUACUACUACUACUACUACUACUACUACUACUACUACUACUCCUGUCUUUGCUACUUCUAUCCUCCUCUUCCUCCUACUCCUCCUCCUACUCCUACCACUACUACUACUGCCCCUUCCAACAAAAGUACUACCUCUGCUGCUGCUGCUGUACUAAGAUGUGAAUAAGUCUGCAGGAUGUGUGGGUGUACGUAAUACACUAUAUAAUAAUAAUAAUAAUAAUAAUAAUAAUAAUAAUAAUAAUAAUAAUAAUAAUAAUCAGUUUGGUGUUAGCUGAUUGGUCGCGAGUGCAUUGCUAUAAAGUCCCCUCAACGAAGGUUCGGUGCAUAUUUCAGAAUCACAUAUAGUUCUAUUCGUUAACGAGUAAGAGGAAAACAACAAGAAAAAUAUUGUAAAUUUGGCCUGAGUUUUAAUGAAGCGUUGAUAUUACUUCGAGUAGAUUAAAAGAUGAUGUAAAGUGUAAAUUCAAUGCAAUGUAUACCAAUUAGAGGUGUUUUUUUUUUUUUUUUGUGUUUGUUUAGACUAGAAUGAAGUGUUUUGUUAUUGCCAAGAAAUAAUGCAAAGGAAAAGUCAAGUGAUUUUUUUUUUUUUCUCUUAAAUUCAGAAAUGGAAGAUCAUGACUUUUGAGAAAUAAUCCCAAGUUUUUUUUCUUUUCAAAAUGAUCUCAGAUAAUUUAUAUUGAAAUGGUCAUUAAUGUUCGAAGUUGCAUAAAAAUCAUCUUUAAUUUUUAUAAUUAUUUUUUUUACUUUAUUGUUAUUUUUUUAAUGAUGAACAUGAUUUUGAAAUGUAAUCACAUGUUCAAAAAUAUCAUCAUGUGUUUCAUUCAUUAUCAUUAUUACAACAUUUUUUCGAAAAGCUGGAACUAAAAACAUUAAAAACAAGGAUUUUAUUUUUUUUCGAGUUUAAUAAAUCUCAUUGAAAGUAAAGAAAAUUUAAAAGUUCAUUAAAAAUCAUAAAAAUAAUAAUGACUCACUAUAAACAACGUGGAGAGAAAAUGAAAGUGAAGAACCGCCUCAACACUCCGAGGUUCUUCACUUGACCCCACCGUCAUGAAUAACACAUUUGUACUUUUUUAUUCAUAUUUUAUAAACUCAAUGUUGUCAUUCCAUGUAUGUAUAUUUCCACAUUUGCUCAUGACAUGUAUAACAAAUGUCGUCGCCUCCUCUCUCUCUCUCUCUCUCUCUCUCUCUCUCUCUCUCUCUCUCUCUCUCUCUCUCUCUCUCUCUCUCUCUCUCUCUCUCUACUGUCCAUCUGUCUUUCCAUCUACCUGUCUAUUCUACCUUCUAUCUGUCUAUCUCUAUGUUUCUGUCUGCUCUACCAUCUAUUGUCUAUUAAUUUCUAUCUAUUUAUCUCUCUAUCUGUAACUGUCUCGUACGUCAGAUCAGUGUUGUCAUUCCUUUGAUGUGUCCCUCCUUCAGUUUGGUCCACUAAUGCAAAAUUCACACUCAUUAAUUCCCGUAAGAGCGCGUAGUAGCAAGCAGGUUUGUCUCUCCCGUAGGCACGUAAUGGUUUCCACUUUAUAUCCACUUACUUAUAAACAGACUUGCAAAUUUAUAGAUGUACAAUGGAAAUAUUUUGAAAGGAGGAAAAGUUAUCAACAGGUACAAGUAUUUCAUAAGGGCUAUAAACUAUUACUAAUAUACCAUAGUUAUAAACGACAUUUGCCAAAAAAAAGAAUACAUAUAUAUUACAUAUUCUAGUUUUGAAGAUAAUACAUAACAUAACUGUAUCAUGUCAACUCAUUGCAUGUAUACUCAAUUUUCAUAGUAUUGUAUUCAUCGUGAGAAGUGUAAUCACAUUUCGAUCAUGUAUUUUUUUCCUCUCUCUCUCUCGUGAACGCGUAAGUUUAACACGUCAGUAUAGAUUUACCUCCAGUACUGUACUAUAUCGUUAGUCCACGGCGAUGGUGGCGCUAGAACACAAUUUUAGCUUCUAGGAGAGAAUGGUGCGUGUUCUUAAACGUCUCGGCGUCUCAACUCUGUACUUCCUGAGGCUCUGUUGGAAGUUUCUCGGAUUUUCGGAGAUGUUUUCCAAGACUAUAGUUUAACUCUUUGCUGCUGUGGAAAAAUUAUUUGCAUGGCCACAGAAAAAGAAAAAAAGAGGUAGAGAGGGGCUUUAUGAGGCUCUAGUGGGAAUUACUUGGGUUUUCAAAAGUAUUUUCAAGAUUCUAUAAAGACUUUUCUGAUGUGGUUGUCCUUUUCGUUAACACUGAGAGCACGGUAAGAAUUAUUUACUUGUCCAUAGAAAAGAAAGAGAUAGAAUGAUUUUAAAAAGAAACUCUAGUGGAAGGUACUUGUAACUUAUAAGUAAAAAUUAGAAAAAUCAUGUACAGUAUCGUGUAGCAAUGAAAGUUUUAGCAACAAAUUUAAACCAUCAAUGCGAAACAAAACCAAUACCGUGAAACCGGUUAACAUGACAGAUUUUUUUUUUUUUUUACUAAGACUUAAAAUGUUCAGUACAUAAAAGAAGUAAAAAAAAAAAAAUUGUAAGUAAUAGAGAAAAUUAUUAAGAAAAAAAAAGAUGUAUCAAUGAGAGUUUUAGCAAGAAGUUUAAACCAUCGAUGAGAGAACAAAACCAUCACUGAGAACCCGGCUAAUGAAUCAUCUGUGCUGAUUGGGAGUCCUGACGGGGGAGCCAAGUGUUUAGGAACACGAAGCCAAGACGCAUAUGAAUGUGUGCUGCAGCAUUUAGCCUUACCCAGUCUGCUCAAGAGUUGUAUGUGUGAUAUUUCUUUAACCUUCCUUUUAGCUUCAUGCAUGUCAAGUGUUAUUAUAGCGACUCAGUGUUUCAAGGCAGCUGUUCAUGUCUCGUGUGUGUGUGUGUGUGUGUGUGUGUGUGUGUGUGUGUGGGUGUGUGUGUGUGUGUUCCAUAGGCACUGGUAAUCCAUCUUGCUAGCGUGUUGAGUGUUUUAGUCAUACAGAUGUACUGUGCGAGAAUGAGACAAGUGAAUAGGAAAGACAGCAAAGUAACUCAAGCUAAACUAGUACAAUGAUAACCACCUUUAUAUUUCCUCUACACAGGUUUACAGAUAAGACCUGUAGACGAAACAUAAGGGGAUAUAGCAGUACUCCAUCAGCUUGAGUCACUCCAUCAGCUUUCCCAUUUAUAAGUACAGUCGGGGCUAUAAGUCAUUACCCUGUGGCACUCCUUUUUCAUUAUUUUUCGUGUUUUUCCCUCAAUAUUUCGUCCUCUCCUGACAACCUGCUUAUAAAAAAAACAAACAAACAAACAAAAAACGAAUUCCUGACAUGUUCUCUCAAUCUUUACUACUGCUAUUACUACUACUAAUAAUAAUAACCUAGCUGCAAAACACAAACAAAACAAAAGAAGCUAACUCCGGACAUGUUCUCUCAAUCUUUACUACUACUACUACUACUACUACUACUGAUAACCUAGCUACAAAAUACAAACAAAACAAAAGAUCUAACUCCUGACUCAUUCUCUCAAUCUUAACUCACCUGGUCAGCUUGCAGUCUUAUAAAAACCUAGAAAAAUAUCAGUAGACCGCACUAAAUAUUCAGGGAAAGGAUACGAAACAUUAUGAGCAUGGCAAGGACUUCUGGGCCUGACUGUACAUGUGGAAUUAUGUACAUAUAUGUUGGUUACCGUGCGCUUAGCUGCUGCCUCCGCUUAGUUCAAGUUAUGGGCGUUAGUUUUCAUGACAUCAAACUAUCAUUAUAUCAGUGUAGGAGUCUAAUGGUAAUACUAUAAUACUAAAAAAUAAAAAAGAGUAUUGUUAUUCAUUAUGCAAAGUGUGUCGUGUUUGGCAUUACUUCAUCACAAUUGUUUACUGCAUUAGGCACGUCUCUCUCUCUCUCUCUCUCUCUCUCUCUCUCUCUCUCUCUCUCUCUCUCUCUCUCUCUCUCUCUCUCUCUCUCUCUCUCUCUCUCUCUCUCAAAUAAAUGUUAUCUUGUUUCUUGUUUUUCUCUCUACCUCUCUCUCUCUCUCUCUCUCUCUCUCUCUCUCUCUCUCUCUCUCUCUCUCUCUCUCUCUCUCUCUCUCUCUCUCUCUGAACACAAUCCUGCGGGCUAGGAUGACGCUAUGAACAGGGUUUGUGUAGCUGUGAUAAGGGAAGGAAGGAAGGAAGGAAGGAAGUUCACGUGAGUCACUCUAUUUUCUAUGGGUUCGUUUCACUGCUACCGUGCAACAUACCCUGUUAAAGCCUCACUUAGACAUAAUGUUGUGUAUUCUACGACCUGUACCCAAAAAGAAAAAGAAAAAAAAAACAAUUAUAGUGUGGGUUAAUAUUACAAUGUACCAUAGUGGCAAAUUAGGUCUUAAAAAAAUAUUGAUAAUCUAA